AUGAGGCUUCCCAGCUUCCGGCACAAAGACAAGCAAGACUCUGUCAGCGAAAAGCGCGUUAGCGCGCCACCUGUACCAGCCGCUCCUAGCGUCGACGCUGCCGAUAGCGGUCACGACUCUGUUUCAUUGCGCAUCCACAAUCGCACUGCCACCGAGCUGCUCGCCCUCUCCGUGUUUGGAGCGCUUCACACUGGCAAUGGCGUCACACAACGGCUUGCUUCUUCCAGUCUGCCCACCUCGCCCGUGCUGGGCGCAGGCGAAGCAGGCUUCGGCGCUGCAGCUGUCACUGGAGUGGGCGCACGCGGUGUAUUUGGCGUGAGGAAUACGCCCGUUCGCAUUCCAGCAGGCCGGGACGUCGACGUGCCUGCUGUACGCAUCCAGCCGUUCACAGCGGCUGCUACGUCUGGAUACACUGUCGCACUGACGCUCAAUCCAAGGUCAAAGACGGCUGGUGUUGGCGGGUAUAGUGCCAGCUUGUCUGCUCCUGCGCCAGCCGCUCUUGUAACAGCAAGUGCCCAAGCAGCAAGACGCGUAUGGAAGCCUUUGCCCCUCACACUCACUACCGGCGUCAGCUCGACCAAGUCUGCAAAUCUCGGCGCAGAGGGUUCGAAAUACUCAUCUGCGGCGUGUUGCCAAGCCAGUUUGAUCGCACUCGAGUCGACGGAUGCCACGACAAACACGGUGCACAUCCUCGUGCUGCCUCAACGCGAUCUCAAGACGUGGAUGUCGUCGCUCCCUUCCUCGGACCCGAUCUCGUCGUUCUGCAUCCCUGGCACGCACGAAUCAUGUGCUCUAUACGGCUGGCCGAUCUCGGCAUGUCAGGAGUCGACGUCGUCCAUUGCUGUGCAGCUCUCGCGCGGGAUCCGUUUCCUCGACAUCCGGCUUGCGCUCAAAGGUACACCGGGCAACCAACUGUUGUACGCCUACCACGGAGUGACGGAUCAGAAGAUGGAAUUCUCGGCUAUCCUCGCACAGGUCUACACGUUCCUCUCUUGCAACCCAGGAGAGACGGUGCUCAUGUCAGUGAAACAGGAGAACAACAUGGCCGGAUUCCUCGAGGCUACGUUUAGCUACAUUAACCAAAACCGAACUCGAUGGUACCUCGGCACAGGCAUGCCUACACUGGGGGAUGUUCGAGGCAAGAUCGUGCUCAUCUCGCGCUUUGGCACGUCGGACUCGCAACCGGGUGGAUUGCAUCCUCCGAUCUGGCCGGAUUCGUCGACAACGCCUUUCCAUUACACGUUACCGGAUAACUCGAGCGUCUACACUCAGGACUGGUACAACAUCUCUUGGCUCUCGGCGAUCGCACAGAAAGUCUCGCUGAUCACGGCUCUUAUCAACCAAUGCGGCAGCGACCCUGGAGUGCUCGGACUCAACUUCACUAACGGCUCGUCGUUCCCGUUCGCCCUGCCUCCGUACGUCGCAAAGGGCACGGGCGAUCAGGCAAACGCCAGUGCACCCGCGUGCUUCAACACAAUCGGCGUCAACGCCCGGCUCGUCGAUCUUGUCGCUACAAGAUUAUCGUCCACCACACGAAAUAGGGCUGGCUUGAUGAAUGUGUUUGCCCUCGACUUUUUCGACCAGUCCAACCUCGGCGCCGACUUGACUAGCUUGAUGGUGCAGGCGAAUUUUCAGUAA